GCUGGCUUGGCACUCACUCUCGUGUUAUCAGUCAACAUACAACACUGGAGGUGGCCACAUACACGCAGCUCGCCUCAUUAUCUUCUCUCCUGGAGCAUGGCUUGGCUCAGGAAUGAUGUGUUGUCGUUCCUGCCAGACCUCAUCACCUACACGACACUCACAUUAGUCGUCGCCAUCGUACUGCCAUGGCUCAUCAGGAGGCAGCGGAAGAUCUGGCUGAUAGAUCAGAUCCCAGGACCAAAGGCACUUCCCAUAUUUGGCAAUGCACUUCAAGUCACUGUUGAACCUCGAGAAUUUUUCAAAAGAGUAUGUGGAUUCUGUGACUUCGGUAAUAUUGCAAGAAUGUGGCUUGGUCAGGUGCCGUAUUGUUUAGUGUCAGAGGCUGCAAGUGUAGAGGUGAUCCUGAGUAGUCAAAAACACCUGGACAAGAGUCGUGAUUACGACUUUCUCCACCCCUGGCUCGGCACUGGUCUCCUCACCUCCACAGGAAGCAAGUGGCACUCUCGCCGGAAGCUGUUGACCCCGGCCUUCCACUUCAAGAUUCUGGAGGAUUUUGUGGAGGUUUUCAACAACCAGAGCAACAAGAUGGUGCAGAAGUUGCAGCAGAAGGCAGAUGGCAAGCCUUUUGAUAUCUUCCCAUUUGUUACGCUCUGUACCCUUGAUAUUAUCUGUGAGACUGCUAUGGAUAGGUACUGGGGUUCGAACUGGUGUCCUUGCAAUUUAGAGGACGAUAAUUUGGUCAGAGUAUUACUUUCACAAUUUGUUACUUUCACGAUAUAUUCUAAUUUAAUAUUUACACUUUCACGUAGGAUUGGUGCAAUAAUUCAGCUGCGUCAGGUACGACCUUGGCUGCAGCCUAAGAUACUCUUUAGGCUCUCUGGGUACGCCAAGGAGCAUGAUGCCUGUCUUAAAAUCCUGCAUAAGUUCUCUUAUGAUACUAUCAGAAGCAGGCGUAAAGAAUACCUGGAGAUAAAACAGAAGAAGGAUGCAGCAUCCGACAAAGAGGAUGUAAUUGGAAAGAAGAAGCGCUUGGCAUUCUUGGACCUGUUGUUGGAGUACUCCGAGCAACAAACUAUGCUCUCUGAUGAUGCCCUUCGUGAGGAGGUUAAAACAUUUAUGUUUGAAGGUCCGACACACGCGUGCUAUCAACUGGUUUUCCUCUAUUUGUUGGGUUGUUACCCAAAUCUGGAGGCCCGUGUUGAUGAGGAGCUACAGUCUAUCUUCGGUGACUCAGAGCGUCCAGUGACCAUGGCUGACCUGCGUGAGAUGAAGUACACAGAAAACUGCAUCAAAGAGGCUCUCAGACUCUUCCCUUCUGUGCCUUUCCUGGGGCCCGAGGGCCUCAAAGAGGAGGUUGUCAUUGGAAAAUUUCGCAUCCCAGCUGCCCACUGUGAUGGUGGGACUUACUGUUUUCACCGUGCCCCAGCACAUUUUCCCAACCCGGAAGUCUUUGCCCAGACGCUUUUUUUGGAGAAAUGUCACCCGGGAAACCCCUACGUUUACAUUCCUUUCGCUGGACCCGGGAACUGUAUCGGUCAGAAGUUUGCACUUAUGGAGGAGAAGAUCCUGCUGAGCAACAUCCUGCGUAAGUUCCGUGUAGAAAGCGUCACCCGCCGAGAGGACUUACGCAUUCUUGGAGAGCUCAUUCUCAGGCCUGAAAAUGGUAACACUUUGAAACUUACUCCCAGAGCAUAAGUGUCGAGAAGAUACUUUAGACGACUUAAAUAGUUUGUAAAGAAUUUUGUAUUUUAAAGGAACGCUUAUGCAAUAAAAAUAAAUAUAGUUAUAAGAACAUGGAAAAAGAGGAACACUACAGCAGGCCCGUUGACCCAUACUGGGCACGUCUUUCACAAAUCCAUCACACUAACAGAAUAUUCCUACACAUUUUCAAUGCUACCCAGGCAAUAAGCUCUGAUAAAUUUAUUUACUCAUCUGCAAGUCCUACUCAAAUCCAACCCCUCUCACUCGUAUAUUUGUCCAACUUAAAUUUGAAAAUACACAACUAGGCAGACUGUUCCACUCAUCACCUACCCCAUUUCCAAACCAAUACUUUCCUAUAUCUUUUCUGAAUCUAAACUUACCUAAUUUGAAUCUAUUAUUGCGGGUUCUCUAUUGGAAAAAUAUCCUCAAAACCUUAUUUACAUCCCGUUUGUUAAAACCCAUCUUCUACAUAUACACUUCAAUCGUGUCUCCCCUCAUUCUUCGUUUUACAAGUGAAUGUAAUUUAAAGGACUUCAAUCUUUCCUCAUACAGAAGAUUUCUAAUGCUAUGUAUUAAUUUUGUCAUUCUUACCUUUUUCUAACAAAUUUAUGUCCAUUCUGUAAUACGGAGACCGGAACUGAGCUGAGUAAUCUAGGUGAGGCCUUACUAAUGAUGUAUA